AUGAGUUGCACAGCCCAUGUGUUCAGCUGCCGCUCCCUGCGCCUGCGUGCCGCCUUCUUCUUCCUGGACUAUGCCUCCAUCAGCUACUACGGCUUCGCCAGCACCGUGGCUUACUCGUACUACCUGCUGCCCCGGCUCAGCCUGCUCGACCCCAGCGUCAUGACCCCGUACCUGCAGAGCCUGGGCUGGCACCGGGUGGACUACAGCAUGCUGAUGGGGCUGUACAGCGAGCUGGUGCUGCCGGUGGCCUUCGUCCUGGCGGUGACGUGCACCGUGGCGUGCUGCAAGAGCCGCUCGGAGGACUGCUCGUACCCCUUUGCCAUCCGUACCUUCGUCUUCGCCAUGCCGCUCAGCAUGGCCUGUCCGGUGAUGAUCGAGAGCAUGCUCUUCGACCUGGGGGGGAGAACCCCACUCUCUUCCUUUACUUUUACCGGAGAUACUUCUGGCUGCUGGUGGCCGCCUUCUUCAAUGUCAGUAAGAUCCCGGAGAGGAUCCAUCCUGGCCUGUUUGACAUUAUAG